CCGGGCGCGCUUUUUCGGCGGCGGAUUCAAACGCCGGGGCCGGGAUCGCGGUCGGAGGGAACUCUACAUCGGCGGGCCUGUGUCCGCUCUGCCCGCGGCGGCCGGCUGCUCCUGCGCGGCGCCGGGGGGACCCCGAGGGCCGCGGCGGCGGUGCCUGACGGGGAGGCAUGGCGGUGGCGGCCACGCUCUCUCAGAGGAAGCGGGUCAAGCGCAAGGCUCCCCGCGGCUUUCUGCGGCGCGUCUUCAAGCGGCGGAAGCCUCACCUUCAUCUGGGGACCAGGUGCGACUUGCUGGUGCAUCUGAACUGUUUACUGUUUAUUCGUCGACUGGCAGAAGAGUCCAGGACAGAUGCUUGUAAGAAUAAGUGUGGAAUCAUUAAAGACCAGCAUGUACUGGCUGCAGCAAAGGUAAUGCUAAAGAAGAGCAGAGGUUAGAAGUCAAAGAACACAGUUUUGAACUUUAUAUGAUGAAUUUUUUUAUUUUAGUUGAUAACAGAUCAUGAAAGCACUUUUUACAUAUUAGUUAAUAUUGUGUAUUAAAAUAUUGGCUGCUUG